AAUAACAGUUAGACGACUCUGAAAGUCAUUCGGCUCGCUAUGGUUCGCGAUCGUAUGCCCGAUUUAUGUGCUGUUAGUGUUUUAUCUCUCUUUUUUUUUCUGUACAGUUAUAUCAGAGAGGAAGAACUUCAUACGAUCGUUCUGUGUACUUUGCCCUAACUGAUGUAAUUGCACGUGAGUCAUGAGAAUACAGAACCUGUUUCGACCGGCAGGAGAUGUCUUCUCCUUUCGACACGUCGGCUGCCGGCGACGUGCAGCCGACGUAUCUGUCUUUGACUGCGCGAAAAUCGUCGAAGUGAAGUUCCUCCUCACGCACGAUUUUAACGUCAUCACUCAGCCGAAGUAAUAGCAGCACCUUUGGCAGAGGAUUCUUGCAAGACGUGCACAUUCAAAUAGCCCAGAAUAGAAAACUGAAAGUAUUGUUGGACGAAGUACGUAUCGUAAAGACCGUUCUAACGCGAUGCAGCAAUAAGAAAAACAUUUAUAUACACAGGAUGAUGGUUUGAUAUGCUUAAUAAAGACAUAACGUGUCAUGUUGAUAUAGGCAGAGGAAAUCCGUGCAUUACUCCAUCUUAUAGUCGAAAAUACGAAAAUUGUAAAGGAUUUGCAAAAUAAUAUUUUGUCGCACACGAACAAAGGUAAGCGAUUCGACAACAAACGACAGUGAAUUACUACGUGAGUCUAAUUCACAUGUAUGCAUGUGUGAGUGUGCAGUGUGUACUUGUAUGUUAUACGAUAUUUGCAGAUAUACAAAAGGAACUGGAAGCUCGCACGUGCACGAUCUCGGAGACGGCCUUUCACAUUCAGCGAAAAUUACGAGAUUUGGGAAAAGAUAUCACUGCCAUUGAUGAUUUAUCUGUAGCUAGUGCGAAAGAUGGAUCCAUAUACACAAGGAUUAAAGUUUUACAAUAUACAACAAUGUUGCAGUUAUAUUCUGAAAUUAUGGAGGACUACAAUACAUCAUUACUUAGAUAUCACGAUAAGUGCCUUUUGCUCUUGCAACAGCAACGUUUAUUAUUAAGACGACAAGUAACAAGUGAAGAACUGGACCAUAUGCUUGAUGCUCAAGAAACUAAUUUAUUUGUUGACAAUAUUUUAAAAAAUAGUAAAGUUGCAAGACAACAGUUGUCCGAUAUAGAAAACAGACACCAUAAUGUUUUGAAGUUAGAAAAAUCCAUUAUAGAAGUUAGAGAAUUGUUUGCAGAAAUGGCGAUUUUGAUAGAAAAACAAGGGGAACAAAUAAAUAAUGUGGAAUAUUUUUCCAACAAAACGACAAAUAAUAUAGGCGGCGGUCGUAUUCAACUCAGGAAAGCAGAAAAGAAGAGUAGCACAUAUAGGAAGAGGAAAUUCAAGAUUAUCAUCAUUAUAAGUGUGAUAAUAAUUGUUCUUUUAUUCUUUAUUAUCCCACUAUAAGAAUCGUAUAAAACAUUUUUCUUUUUUUUUUUUCUUAAAUAUUUUACGUGCGUGCGUGCGUGCGCGAAACACUUUAUAUGGGUUAUUUCAGG